AUGUCGGCAAUUAGGAGGAAGGAGCAAGCGGUGACGCUACGCAUCUUGCAGGAACACAUUGCUAGGAGCGAGAGUUCGGUGUGGACUGAGUGGCUGAUCCCUGAUAUCUGGAGAUCGACCGGCUGUGGCUGUGGCAUGUGGCAACGUUCCAUUAGACCCAGGUCACGACCGACCAUGAGUGUUUCGGCUACUACUUUCACCGGAUCCGGAGGCAGUCUCAACCAGAGGACACCUUGGAAUGGUUACAUUACGAUCCCUUUCUUCCCAAAGCCGUCAGAUUGUUGA